AUGGGGCUUCUGCUUCUCGUCGGCUUCGGCUUGACGGUCGGCUUGACGCUCUCGCCCGCCGCCUCCACCCACGCAGCCCGGACUGGGAGUGUCGUGUGCUCGGCCGCGCGGCCGUCGGUGGGGUUCCGCGCCUCUGACGAGUUCCGCCACGGGCACGGCGGCGACGCGCUUGCCUCGUCCAAGGCGAUCGAUGGAAGCGUUGCAAUGAUGAUGAAUGUGGAUGGGCCCGCCACCCCGUCCAAGCAGCGUCCGCGGCCCGCGGCGGGAGUGCCGCUGCCCGCCAGCCCCAGUAACACUUUCCGCUACAGCGCCGGCGGCCCCUCGCUGGCGGCGACACGGGCGAUCGAUGGUACGGUCGCGAUGAUGCACAGCGGCUUCCUGUUUGACGUCUCCGACCCGGUCGGGCCUCUCGGCCUGUGGAGGGAGCUCGACCCGACGCGCAUCACGUGGGAGGCGCUCGUGCCGCAGUCCGGGGAGGUCUUCGGCACAGUCACAAUCUCGACCAUCUCGCUCGCGCUCCGCAUCUCCGCCAUCGACUCGGCGACUGAGGCGCGCCGGCCGCAGACUCGGGAGAACGCAACGCCCGCGCACCUCGACCCAGACAGAGAGCUGCGCCUCACCGGCCUCGUCACCCUCCUCGUCGGCGGCACGGGCGGGCUCAUCGGCUCGCACUCGCCCGGCCUCGUCGCACUCAACCAAGAGGUUGGCUCCGCGCGCACGAGCGGCGUCUGCCAGGCGCUGCUGCUGCUGCUGCUCUGGCCCUCACACCCGCUGCCCGGCCGGGCGGGCGUGGUGAUGCUCAUCGAGUGGCUGUGGGUCGUCCCGCGCGUGCGCAUGACGCGCCAGUCGCACGCCCUCGUCCUCGCGAUGACGGCCUACUCGCUCGUGUACGACAUGAUCUCGACCGUCUUCGGCGGGAUCCUCGUCGCCGCUCUGCUGCUCGUCGGCCGCUUCUCGCGCCUCUCCGUCCUCAAGUACCACGUCUCGAUGGCGUCGCAGGCGUCCAUCCGCCGCCGCUCCGUCGGCGAGUCGGCCCACUUGCGCGCGCAGGGCGAGCGGGUCCACAUCCUCGGCCUCGAGGGCUACCUCUUCGAGGGGCCGGCCGUCAAGCUCGUCAAGUACCUGCAGCGCGUCGUCGCGCGUCGUUCGACCAAGGCGCGCGCCGCGGGCAGCGGCGGCGCCAGCGGCGGCGGCGACGGCGGCGGCUAUGGCUAUGAUGGCGGCGGCGGGCGCGCUCACCGGAGCCACUCUCGGCCACCCCGCCACCCUGCUUUCCUCGUCCUUGACUUCUCGCACGUGCAGGGCAUCAACGAGACCGCUGCGGCGCUGCUGUGCAAGUUUCGGCGCUUGUGCCAGCAGCACGGCAUGCAGCUGGUCAUCGCCUGCAUCGGCCCAAACGACCUGCACCUUCUCGAGGCGCACGGCCGCGACGCGGACCUUCGAGUCUUCGGCAGCAUCCCCGACGCCAUCGAGUAUUGCGAGGACUCGAUCCUCGCGCAGUGGGACGGGACGACCGACGGGCCGUCGCCGAGCUCCCCGCGGCAGCAGGCGUGGCAGGGAGGCAGCAGCCCCCUCCCCCCGCUUCGCUCUGGCGGGGGAGUCGAAGCCUCGCACCCGAGGGAGCACGAGGGGCCCCCGGACCGCGACGCCAGGGCGCUGCAGCCUUCUGAGACCGCAAGCGGCACGCUCAACGGCUCGCUCAGGCCCCGCGCGGCCUCUGCGACGCACGCCCACGAGGCGCCAGCUGCACCUCCGAAGACGGGUCCGCAUUCCGGCCCGGUGGCGCCGCCUGACGAGCGGCAGGAGACUCGCUCCCACCUGCCCACGAUUGCCGCCUCGCCGCUCUCUACAUUCACCGCGGCCGUGUCGCCGGCGCUGUCGGCGCUCCCGCCGCCACUGACCAUCCCACCGGCCCGCAGCCUCGAGCCAGGGGAGGCUGCGUUCGGGCCUUCUCCUCCCGGGGACCAGGUGGCCGCCCCGACCACAAUCGUGGUCUCGAUCCCUGGGGCGGCCUCCACGGGCGCCGGCCGAGAGGCAGCCGAGAACGCCGCGGAUGUCCACGCGAGGGCGAGGUGGCCGCCCCCCGCCAGCCUCGAGGAGAUGCUCGCAGAGCAGCCGCCGUCCAACUCGUCCAGCUCGUCCAGCUCGUCUGGCGGAGUCGAGACCGCCGUCGGGGAGCUCCUCCCACCGGAGAGCUCCGACGAGGCCGACCGACCGCUCCACUCCGGCCACGACGAGGCGAAGCAGGACGGCGAGCGGCCCACGUCCUACGUACCAAAGCGCGAGCGGUCUGGCCACGCCAUGUUUGUGCCAGCGCAGCAGCGCCGCACCACUGGAACGCCGCGCACCACCGCACAGCAGCAGCAGCAGCAGCGGCAACAACAGAAACAGCCUUCGGUGCUGUCUUUGCCGCCAUCACAGCAGCAGCAGCAGCAGCAGCAGCAGCCACAGUCCUCGCCUAGCUGUGAGCACCCUCUCGAGCGGCGCGGCUCGGCGCCUAUCACUGCCAUCUUCGGCGGCAGCCGUCUACCGUCAGCAAGCAAGACAGAGAGCUUGCCGGGCGUGUCGUACCCAAGUCAGUUGCUCGCCGCCGCAUUUGGGCGCGCCGACGGCGGCGCCGAUCGCUCGCUUGGCAUGCCCAGAGGUGUCAGCUGCCAGCAGCUCGACGGGACGCGCGGCGCGCGCUCGGGCGACGAUCUUUGGAGGACCGCACGGCCGUCGCGGCCAGAGGGGCAGGCGGAGGCGGGCGCUGCAGACACGCGAACUGACGCAGCGGCGAGCUUUGACGAGGGCGGCGAGCUGGGCGCAGCGGUAGUAGCGGCUGGGGCGGUUGCGCCUGACCCGCCGCCGCCUUCGGCCGUCCUCGCGCCUCUUCUCCAUCUGAGCCGCACCGCAGAGGCGGACGCGGCGCUGCUCGUGGCGUCUGGUUCAUGGCGCGUCUACGGCGAGGACGAGGUGCUGUGCGAGCAAGGCGAGGUGAGCGAGGCGCUCUUCCUCGUCGCCCCCGGCCACGGGUCGGUGCUCGUGGAGGUGGAGGUUGGCCAUGUCGCGGGCGCCAUCCCUUCGCUCCUGACGGGGCAGCACGGAGGGCUGGUGGGAGCCGCUUCCCUGCUUACCCGAGCGCCUUGCUCCUACACCGUCUGCGCCGAUGAGCGCUCCUGGGUCCUCGCCAUCGACCGCACCGCGAUCCGCCACCUCUCCACGCAGCACCCACACUUGCUGAUCCGGCUGCAGCAGAUGGCGCUGCUGCAGGAGCCGCUCAACACGCGCCGGUUGCGCGUCAUGUCGCGGCUCUGGCUCGCCGGCGGCUGGUCGGGCGCCAACUUCGACCAGGUGACGGUGCGGGCGGCACAGGCCAGCAGCCGCUCGACGAGGGAGCGCGCGUGCAGCAAGGAGAAGCCCCGAUCGGACCCGCUUGCUGGAUUGCCAGCCGCGGAGUUCGGGCCGGGCACGCGCAGUGCGGCCGCAGACCCCGCGAUCUGCGACGAGGCCGGCGGCGCAGACUCCGUGUUUGGUACGCUGUGGUCGGUCGCCCCCGGCGAGGACCAGCCUUCGAUAAGCGACGCGCUGCAGGAGCACGCCCAGAUGCUGCGCCGUUUCGCCGUCGACAUCACGGGGCGGCAGAGCUCGAUCUCAGACAUGGCGGCGCGGUGGGGCAGGGUGCUCGAGCAGCUACAUGCCGAGCAUCCGGGCGCGGAGUCGGAGGCGCUCGAGGCGCACCGCUACGUCGUGUCGGCCCCUCCUGCACGCAGGUUCUCGUCGGCUCCAUCCGACUGCGCCUCGCCGAGCUGGUACCAGCAGCCCACGCGGCGGCAGGCGGAUGGGGAGGGGUCGCCGAAGCCUCCACAUAUGCUCCCGUGAUUCAAUUAUUCUGCGCGGAACUACAGUCAAAUAUUCUGCACGUCAUGUGCCGGUUACGUGUGUGCAAUGUCGGCAGAGCCGUGUCCUCUGGCUGCUCCUCUCACCUCUGCACGAUGACACAACGCUUGAAAAACCAUUCUGACGAGCC